ACACCGCCCCGGGAGGGGAGGGGAGAAGGAUGCUGCUCCGGGGGGAAGAGUGCCGCCCCGUGAGGAACGGAGGGAGAGAUUCUAUCCCGAGGGAGAGAGCUACCGCCCAGGGAGACCCGGAGGGAGCGAUGCUAUCCCGGGGGGAAGGAGGGAUGCCGCCCCAGGAGGGGCGGAGGGAGAGAUGCUAUACCGGGGGAGAGAGAUACCGCCCCGGGAGGGACGGAGAGAGUAAUGCUAUCCUGGGAGAGGAAGGGAUGCCGCCCCGGGAGGAACGGAGAGAGAGAUGCCGCCCUGGGAGACCCGGAGGGGGAGAUGCUAAGAUGCUCUCCCGGGGCGCGGGGAAGGAUGCCUGCCCCAGACGGACGGAGGGAGGCUAUCCCGGAGCGGGAAGAAGGAUGCCUGCCCAAGAGGGGAAGGGAGAAAUGCUAUCUUGGGGUGUGGGGGCGGGAAGUGAUGCCGACCCGGGAGACCUGGGGGGACAGAACCUAUCCCGAGGAGGGCGGGAUGCCGCCCGGGCCGCGGCUCUGCGCUAGGUGCGAUCGCGGCCCCGGAGCCGCCGUGAGCCGCAGGGCGGGGCGAUGCCGGGAUGCGCUGCGGGAUGCGCUGCGGGAUGCGGCACGGGCGGCUCCGCGCCGGCCGGGAGCAGACCCUUCCACCCGGGAGAGCUGUCGCCUCCGUCUCCGCGUCCUGAAGAUGUCGGCAGCCUUUUAUUUCUUGCGCCGCAGCCGCUGGGAGGCAGGUGCCGGAGCCGCAUCCCCGCCGCCGCCUCCCACGGCAGCAGCCCGGUCCGCCGGCCGGUGCCAGGCUGCGAUUAGGCCGGGCGCUCCUCCCUCUCCGGCUGAUGCCCGGGGCGGCGGCGGAGCCGGGGUAGCCGGCGAGCCUGGGCUCCUUCCCUGUGGAGUCACCUUGGGUGUCUCCUCCCGAGAAAGCCAAACUGGAUCCGCUGCCUGUGGGUCACCGGCAUCCGGGGGCGCUGCCGGGGUUCUCACGCCCUCAUCUCAGGGACGGUCCUGGUUUGUUGUCCCCCCUUCCAGGGUGCCGUGCAUUUCGAACCCAAAGCUGCUGAAUCAAGAGCAGACCUUACACCAGGAGCCUCCUCUGCAAGUUCAGAUUUACCACUGCCCUGUGAGCACCGUGGUGACAGACACCUUGCAGCGUGUGUAUAGAAUCAUAGGAUAGUUUAGGUUGGAAGGGACCUUAAAGAUCACCCAGUUCCAACCUCCCUGUGAUGGGCAGGGACAUCUCCCACUAGAUCAGGCUGCCCAAGGCCCCAUCCAACCUGGCCUUGAACACCUCCAAAGAUGGGGCGAGUAUAGCCCGGGAGCUGUUAUUUUCUGCAAUUUAUUCACUGCUGACAGCUAGGAUGCUUUCUCAAGAGGUGGAAGAUGUGGCCUUGAAUCUCUUUGGAGGGAGGAGAGGAAGGAGCCAGUCCUUUAUUGGAUCUCACCCUCACUGACUACUUACGAAACUCUCUACCUUUGAUGCUACUGAUACACCAUAAAUGAGAUUCUGCAGUUUCUGCUCAGUUUGUGUAAAAGAAAAUUUGAGGAUAAAGACGUCUGAAUUUCACUCCUUGCCAUACAGAAAACAUACAUGGCUCAUCUCUGUUCAGUUGGAUCCAAGGCGUAGACGAUCAGAUAGCUCACUGAUUACUCUGGACUGGACAACAGCAAAAGCGUGGGUGGGGUCACUGUGGCAAUAAUUUCCAAUUCUGGUCAGAAAAGCUAGACGAAAGAGAACUGGUUUUUGCUCUGCAGGCUUAUGCUUAAGGCUCAUUCCUGAAAUUUUAGUUGUGUCUGGACAACAGUGGCUGAGAAGUACUUUGUGAUUUCCAUCUUCCAAGGAAACUGCAAACUUUGCUCUGUGGAAUCGCACCUCGCUCAAGUAUUCUAUACAUUUCAGGGGAGUGCUGUGCUGUUAUGUGGCAACGUUUUCUAACUACAACAUCUGCAGAUCCCAGGCACUCACUGGCUUCAUGGCACUUUCUGCUUGAUUUGGUUGCUUAUCAAUUUUUGGUUCGGAUCUCCACUUCCCAAUUUGGUGGAUUCACAUUUGUUUCCUGACUACAGUCUUAUUCAUAUCUUCAUCCUUCAGAUCAAAGACUCAAGCAAAACACUCAAACACAGGGACACAGGGACUGAAAUAGGUUGAAUAUUUUUUUCUUUUGUGUGAGUAAGUUGUGUGGGAGUACUAUUAUGCACGAUAGUAGGUUUCUAAUUCACUAGACCAUACUUUGGGUAGAGGAUGUAGAAGGUGAACAUAUAUUAAAAAUUGCCUGCUUGAACUUGUAUUCAGUGUGCAAGAAGAGUGUUGCUUGAGUAAGUUGAAAUAAACAUGCAGGUGGAUUAAUCUGUCAGUUAAAAAUCAUUUGUGGAGCUUUUAAAGUGUUCAGAACUUGAAGGAAAUAAUUUUAUAUCAAUUUAAGCUUUUGUGUUUGCUUUCCUAUUUAUUGUUUAUUUCUGUUUGUAAAAAUUCAGUAAUGAGUUUUGGGACAUCCUCCAGUCCACUGAAGGGCAAAAUAGAUUUAGCUUUAGUUCCCUUGAGAAACUAAUGAGUAACCCUGCAAAUAAGCCUUUUUUCCUUCCUCAUCCGUGGAUAAUUUAAAACAUCCUCUUUCUUUGUGUCUCUUGAGCUUUGAUUCUCAAGUGUAUUUAAGUGCCUAAUUAAAUGGGAAUUAGGUAUUUGAAUUCCUGUGUGGCCUUAAGCCUUAGGGUUUAACUGACUUUGUGACACUCUGUGCCUUUCCCC